AUGGUGAAUGAAUAUAAGAGAAUCGUUCUGCUGAAAGGACUCGCACCCAUCAGUGAUGAUCAUUUUAGCUUAUUUAAGUCACUUAUGGCCAGUGAUUUAGGAAUGAAUAGAAAAAAGCAAAAGCAAUGCACCAGGGAUGAGAUUGCUGACAUGAUGGAAGACAAGUUCAAAGAUGAUGCUGGGUUGGGCAAGCUAAUCAAGUUUUGUGAAGACUUAUCAGUCCUUAAAAAACGUGCAGGAAUUCUUAAAAAAGAGAGAUCAAAAGUAAUAGGAGAAACAUCACUGGAAAUAAAUAGACAAGAAGCAGGCCCUGCCAUGCCUACAUCAACUACAAGCCACACGUUAGCAUCUGAAAGAGGGGAGACUUCUACAGCUCAUGCAGAGACUUCCACAGAUCAUGCAGAGACUUCCACAGCUCAAGCAGAGACUUCUACAGCUCAGAAAAGAAAAAGUAUGAGUAAAGAAAAGACUAGAGUGAAAAAGACCAAGGCGUCUGAGGGACUGGAUCAGCCUUCCUGUUCUGAAGAAGACACAGCCAGAUGGCAGUCAUCAAUACCCCAGGGGUCAUCUUCAGCUUUAUCUAGCAUUUCUUUGGCUAAGGAACAAAAAUCACAGCCCACAAACCAGAACAUGGCCAGAGAUGCUAUUCUCCAAACAGAACCCCUGACAGUGAUGGUACUCAAUGCAACAGAAUCAUUUGAAUAUGGAUCAUCAGAACAUGGAGUAAAGAACAUGUUUCAUGCUACAGUGGCUACUGUGGACCAGUAUUUCCAUGUGAAAGUUUUGAACAUCAACAUGAUUGAGAAGUUUACAAAAAAUAAUUGGAUCACCAUUUCCAAUUACUUCCAGAGCAAAGGCAUCCUAGAAAUCAAUGAAGAGUCCAUUGUGUCUCAGGCUGCUCCUGACAGAAAUAAUGAAGUGCCCAAAGAUUUGAUUAGACAUGCAAAUGACAGUCCUAAGAUCUGUGAUAUUCAAAAGGGUGCUACUGGAGCAGUGUUUUAUGGAGAGUUUAAGUUAUACAAGAAAACAAUGAAACGAAAAAAGAUAUUCUAUGAAAUAAAAGACUAUUCAGGAAGUAUGGAAGUGGAAAUGGAUCGCAAAUGUCAUGACAUCAACUGUAAUGAAGGAGAUAAACUCAGACUCUUCUGCUUUUAUGUGAAAACAAUGAACAAGCAAAAAAAGUUAGUGUGUGAAGAUCACAGUUUCAUCAAGGUCAUCAGUGCUGAAGAAGAAGCUGCUGCCCAUUCAAGCACAAGAAGUGAAGAAUAAAAUUGCUACACAAAAGAUCAAUUCAAUGCUUUUAAAUAAGAUACCAAACAAUCACUUCUAAAUAAUCGCUUUAGUAGUAUAUCCAAGCAUUUCAUUGUUUUCAUACCCAAUUUCUGAUUUUGUAUUUUUAUUUGCAAAAUUUCUUAUUGUUCUGUUCUAUGACAAUACUUGCUUUAAUUUCUCUAUUGCAAAAAUAAUAAACAUGUUUUUUAAAGUGACA